AUGGAAGCAGCGGUAGAAGAUGUGCGUUUACAUAAAUCUCCUUAUAAGACUGCUGCAAAAAAAUUUAACGUACCAAGGAUUACACUAAAGUACAAGGUUGAAGGAAAACAUCCAAUUGACCGAAAAAUGGGGCCACCAGCCGUAUUGAGUAGAACUGAGGAAAAAACUAUUGUAGAUUGGAUUUUUGAAAUGGCCCGUGCAGGAUUUCCCGUCACUAUGAAGGAGGUUGUCUUUAGUGUGCAGCGUCUAUUAACAGAAUUAAAAAGGCCGAACCCGUUUAAAGACAAUUGCCCAGGAAAAUCGUGGAUGAAAGGAUUCAUGAAGAGGAAUCCUGGAAUAAGUGUUCGUAUGUCUCAAAACCUUACAAGAUCAAGAGCUGUUAUAUCCAAGGAGCAAAUUUUAAAUUGGUUUAAAGAAGUAGAUACAUUUUUGGAUCAUACUCAACAAAAAUACGUUUUACAAGAUCCUAGAAGGAUCUUUAAUACAGAUGAAACUGCUUUUUUUUUAAUCCGAAGGGUGGUAGUUUUAGCACAAAAAGGGGACAAGACAGUAUAUCAGCAAGUCAAUCCAGAUGAGAAAGAAUGCCUAACCGUCCUUAUCACAGGUAGCGCAUCUGGUGCUAUACAUCCUCCAACAAUUUUGUUUAAAUAUAAAAUAAUCCCACAAGAAAUUGCGCAGAAUUUUCUUCCAGAAUGGGGUCUGGGAAAAACAGAUUCUGGUUGGAUGACUUGCGAGGCGUUCUUCGAAUUUAUUGCCGACAUUUUUCAUCCUUGGCUGAAGAAAGAAAGUAUUCCUUUGCCGGUCAUUCUUUUCGUGGACGGGCAUGCGUCUCAUCUAAGUCUACAAGUGAGUCAGUUUUGCGAAAAAAAUGGCAUCAUCCUCAUUGCCCUGUACCCCAAUGCAACACACCUAUUACAACCAAUGGAUGUUGCUGUAUUCAGAACUCUGAAAGAGCAUUGGAAAAAGAGGGUACACGAAUGGAGAAUAUCUAAUUUGGAAGCUCCAAUCUUAAAGAAAAAAGAUUUUCCAAAACUUCUGAAAGAAGUUAUCGACACUACACUGAACGCGACAAUCUUCGAAAAUGGUUUUAGAAAAUAUGGGCUAUUUCCGUGGCACCCGGAAAUAGUCACUGUUCCAUUAAACAAUGAACACCUUCAUAAUUAA